AACACCUUUCUAUAAUACAGUGUUAAUCCGGGUACCUGACCUUAAUAUUUACAAUACUGUUUACUGUUCGAUCAAUAAUAGGUCAUAAGGUUUACACACUGACUUAAAUAUCACUGAAAUAAUUUAAAUUGUAGUACAGAUAAAAUGGCUGAGUGUAUGGAUCACAGCAGGACUGUUAUUGGAGGUUCUGAUGAAGCAGAAGUUAUUUUUUGUGAACCUUGUGAACAAGAUGGAAGACAAACGGAGGCUGAAGGUUUCUGUGUGGACUGCUCGGAAUAUCUCUGUGGACAAUGUUACAAGAAUCAUAAACUUUUUAAAGCUUUCAGGAGCCAUGUUCUUCAGGAUAAACACACUAUGCCUCAAACUGUGAAAGAAACAUCUGUCCAAGAUGUGUGUGUUUCAACAUGUAACCUUCAUGUAGACAAGGUCAUUGAAUAUUUCUGUCUGUCAUGUGACAUGCUUGGAUGCACUACAUGCAUUACAUUAAAUCAUAGGCAAUGUGAUAAAGUGGAACACAUUCCAAAACUUGUAAAGGCUAUAAAUAUCACAGAUGAUCUACAAACAUAUGUAACUAAAAUUGAUGUCAUUUCACAGCAAGUUCAAGAUGAUAGAAAUACACUGAACUCAAUGUCAGCUAUAGCAGAUGAUAUGAGAAAGGUAGCAAAAACUGAGCUGAAUAAACAACGUAACGAAAUUAACAAAUUCUUUGAUAAACUUGAGAAGGAAAUGGAGAACAAAAUUGAUGAAAUACAUGCAAGUAAUACAACCACCUUCACUAAAACUUGUACAACAUACAAUACCAUGGAUAAAGACCUUAAAGAACUGAAAACGAAGAUUGAUAUUAAAGAGAAAGCUGGUCAACACUGUGAAGCCUUUAUAGCUAUGAAACAAUCAGCUAGGAAUACUGAGAUAACUGAAAAACAAUUAAGAAGUUUAUUGGAAGAAAGAAAAAUACUGCAGUAUGAACUUCUUCAUUCUCCUCAAAUAAAAGACAUGAUGGAAAAGGUAACUGAGAUAUGCAGAAUAGAGACUGUUAUACCAAAAUUACAAGCAAAAUCAAACAACAAAACUUCCGAACAACCUUCAAAUCGUUCCGAUACCGUCUCUACUACAACUAGCUGUAUAGUUGCAAAUAAGAAAUCAUUGACACUUGACAAAGAAAUAUUCGCAAACACUGAAAAUGACCAAGGAACUCCCUAUGUUGUUGGUGUCACAUUAAUGCACCAAUAUUUUCUUAUUGUUGCAGACAGACCAAAUUGUACCAUUAAAGUAAUUGAUUUGAGAAAACAAAUUGUGAUUUCAGAACUUAAACUGGAAAAAACUGCAUGGAGUUUGGCUAAAAUAAAUGAGGACAAAAUAGCAGUGGGUAUACAGCCUGGAAUCCAAAUCUUAUCAAUUUCAAAGUCUGGAAUUUUGAACAAAGAGCGCACAAUAUCAACCAAAAUGACAUGUUUUGCUAUAGUAUACAGCAAUGGCAAAUUUAUAGUUGCAGAAGGAUCAUUUGUGGAAAUUCUUGACAUGGAUGGCACAGUUUUAAGAACUAUACAAACUGACUCUAAUGGUAAACAGUUAUUUACUAGCUGUUAUGGAAUAGCAAUCAGCAAAAAUCACAAAACUAUCUAUGUUUCUGAUUAUGGUAAAGAAUCCGUGACCUGUUUCACACUGGAAGGACAACUUAUCACCAUAUACAGGGACAAGGAUCUUAUAAAACCCUGGGAGGUAACAGCUGAUGAUGAAGACAAUGUUUAUGUAUGCAGUACUGGACUAGGAAAUAACUGUAUUCAUAGACUGUCUAAUGAAUGUAACCAACUUCAAGUUUUUCCAGAUGUGAAAGCUCAAUGUGCUUUUCACACAAACAAUCAGCUUUUUGUUGGAAGCCAUACAAGUGUACGAAUUUAUGACCUUAAAUGACCUUUAAUAAAAUAAAUCAUUUUAUAUACUACAUGCAUAUAGAUCUGGAUAUAGAAAGUAAUAAUUGUAUGUGAAAGUUUCAUUCAGUGAUUAACAUUUGUGAUACAUGUUAUUAUGCUUAUACAUCAAA